AUGCGGCGCGUUCACCCAUUCGAUCGCAGGUAUUUUAAGUGUGGUCAUAAAGUAGACUAAAUCCUCGAUGUUCUGAUCGAGCGUGUGAAAGCGCAAACUGUCUGUGGACAAAUCGGCGAAUGGCUGCGACUUGCCGAAGUAACGGUGCUCCAUGAUGAUGAGGAGACCGUUCGUUGCCUUUGCGUACUCACCAGCACCCCCAUAAGUAUUAGUUAGGACGCUGAGAUAUCUAUCGGCGGCUCCCUCACCAGUGUCAUACAGAAAAAUGGGGCCUAGAGAAUGCGAAAUAUUUUCUGAAGUUGAAUGCUGCUGGUAAUGCACUUACCUCCUGCUUUAUACCAUUCCGCGUUGUACCAAUAACGUUGUUUGAAUGUGCUUUUGUUCUUGCCAAAAUGAUCAACACGCUGUAGAAAAUACUGCACGGGGAAGACAGCCGAGGUACGCGAAAAGGAGAUGCCGUGCUGUUGCCGCUGCCUGUUGAUACCGUGCAUUAUCUUGUAAAUUUGGCUAGGAUAUAACGCAUUCACUGGAAAACUAUGGGCGACGAACAGAGCGAUCAAUGAGGGAAGAAGAAAAUGCAUGCUUUUAUGGGGCGCGCGAGUUGAUAAUCGCACAGCCACCGAGAGAGGGAUAAAGCGCAAACUAAUGAUGUUCCCACACGACGCAUAAACCUCAAUCACCGUUUCACAUGAGCGACUUUCGCAACGGAGAGAAAAAGGUAGUGCGACAACCAUUAUGGAUGAUAUAGUAUGAUAAGGAAUGAGCCUUGCCCGUUUCCUGUUUCGUUUCCUCAUAUUCAUUCGGCGUGUACGUCUUUUGUGUGAAAGCUUGGAUUCUGACCAUUUCAUUUGAGCAAGUCAUUCACCAUUCUGUAAGAAAGAUGUAAAAGAGGACCUUACUGCCACUCCGGUCUUAUAGCCCGAACGGGAUAUAUAUCCGAUGAGGAUAUACAUCCCUUUCGGAAUAUAAAAAUAUAUCCUGAUCAGGAUAUAUAUCCCGUUCGGGCUAUAGUAUAUAUCCUCUUCAGGAGCCCGAUCAAGAUAUAUUUUCAUAUCCCGAUCAGACUGUUUUCUAUAUGCCCACCAGAAUUUAAAAAAUCAUGACGGUAGACUUUUAAACUGAGACUAGU